UUCGGUUUUGAGGAUUAAGGAGUUGCCCAAUGAUGUUAUGUUUGAGAACUGAAAACAAACGCAGCUUUUUUGGGGUGAAUUGCACCGUCUCCAUUCAAUUUGUAUUUUUUGCACGAAAAACAUCUUGUCUCGUACAAGCAUGCUGCAUGAAGUGGGAUUGCGCUUGACUACCGUAAAGAUAUCCCACUAAAUUGAGCAGGACUCCAGUGCAGUAUCUGAUCAUCGCUGACUCUGCCUCCACCAUUGCGUUGUUCUCUGACAUGAAGAAUGUCUGCUGUUUUACCAAAGACUGACCAGAAGGAAGCUAUGAGGGGCUCCGGGGGAAGUUGCCAAGCUGUGUUGUGGAUCCAGUUGCUGGGAUUCUGAGUGCUUGUUGUCUAUGAGUGUGUGUUUGUGUGUGUGCGCGCGUGGGUGCAUGCUAGCACUGCCUGCCCACUUCAGGCAGGGACAUGCUACUCUGAGACUGAAGUUGGAGAAACCGAAGGAGUCUGCCACUGUAAACGAGAAAGGGGGGGGGGAAGAAAGCAUACAGUCCAAGUUGGCAGAUAGAAAUGCUGUAUGUUUUUGGUGCACUUUUACCCAGUGAAAGUGGCUUUUAGUGUAAGGCACAUUUCUAUACAACUUCUGUCUUUAUCGCCUCCCACCCCAUAAAGAGUCCUGGUUGUUGUUGUUUUGGCGCCUCUGUGAUUUACAUGGCCAGGGAGUAAUCGUGGAGAGGCCAGGGUAUCACAAGCUUAUGGAUUUUGACAAGAAGGCGGGUAAGGGAGAGACAGAGGAAGGGAAAAAGAUGUCUAAGGCAGCUGGCAGCAGGACUGGACAUAUGGCCCGGGGUGCAGGGACCAACUCUGGGGUUCUGAUGGUUGGCCCAAACUUCCGUGUUGGAAAAAAGAUUGGCUGUGGCAAUUUUGGAGAGCUGCGGCUGGGGAAGAACCUCUACACCAACGAAUAUGUGGCCAUCAAAUUGGAACCAAUAAAGUCCCGGGCGCCACAGCUUCAUUUGGAAUAUAGAUUUUAUAAACAGUUGGGAAGUUCAGAGGGUAUUCCUCAGGUGUACUACUUUGGGCCAUGUGGAAAAUACAACGCCAUGGUGCUGGAGUUGCUGGGGCCCAGCCUGGAAGACCUGUUUGACCUCUGUGACCGUACCUUCUCUCUCAAGACCGUCCUCAUGAUAGCCAUACAGCUGAUUACACGGAUGGAGUUUGUCCACACAAAGAGCUUGAUAUACAGGGAUGUCAAGCCGGAGAACUUUUUGGUGGGGCGGCCGGGCAGCAAGAGGCAGCACACAAUCCACAUCAUUGACUUCGGGCUGGCCAAAGAAUACAUCGACCCAGAGACCAAAAAACACAUCCCGUACCGGGAGCACAAGAGCCUGACGGGCACUGCACGAUACAUGAGCAUCAACACACACUUGGGGAAAGAACAAAGCAGGCGGGAUGACCUGGAGGCUCUGGGUCACAUGUUUAUGUACUUCCUUCGAGGCAGCCUUCCCUGGCAGGGCCUGAAGGCAGAUACGUUGAAGGAGAGGUAUCAGAAGAUUGGCGAUACUAAGCGAGCUACACCCAUUGAAGUGCUUUGUGAAAGCUUCCCCGAAGAGAUGGCCACCUACCUGCGCUACGUGAGGAGGCUGGACUUCUUUGAGAAACCAGAUUACGACUACUUACGGAAACUCUUCACUGACCUCUUUGACAGGAACGGCUAUGUCUUUGAUUAUGAAUACGACUGGGUUGGCAAGCCACUUCCUACACCAAUAGGCCCUAUCCCCAGUGACACACCUGCUCAGCCCAGCAGAGACAAAGCACAACAGCAGACCAAAAACCAGUCGCCUGAGCCCAAUGGAGAUGAGUCUCUGCGUCAGCCCAGUCCAUUGACCAAUAAGGAGACACUGGGGUCGCAUCUCACUGCCGAAAGGCUUGGGGGCUCUGUCAAGGUGAUGAGCUCAACAAAUGGAGAGCUGAACACUGAUGACCCGACGGCAGGACACUCCAACGCUCCCAUCACUGCUCCCACCGAGGUGGAGGUGACUGAUGAUACCAAGUGCUGUUGUUUUUUUAAAAGACGGAAGAGGAAAGCCCUCCAGCGGCACAAGUAAAGAGAAGACUUCACACGGAACUUGAAACAUUCUGGACACUGUCAAUUUUUAAUUGGAAUACAGAAAUCUCCCUUUCCCAAUCUUUCUCUCGCUCUCUCUCUCGCCUCUGUCUCUCUGUGCUGCCCUGCUACAGGUGAUUAUAGAAAUACUGUCACGUGUUUAAAGGAAUGCUGUUGUCCUAGAGACUUAAUGGGUGACACAACAGACUUGCGCCUUUAAAAAAAGAAAAUAAAGAAACAUUUAAAAUACCUGCAUAAUAAGGUGGGUUUGAGAGAACAUUAAAAUCUGUAACAACGAAACGUGAAUACCGUGACGUGAAUAUAAAAAAUAGACUGUUUGAAACAGUUGUAUUCUAGAUUCCAUACAGAACAUUUACUGUUCAACAGCCAUUGAAUUUAAAGGGACUGCCAAUGAGUCGAGAAAGAAAUCUGUUCCAUAGAAAAUUGUCCUUAUGGGAUCAAGGUAAGAGGCAAGAAUGAACUAUACUAAUCAUAACUCUGGAAUCAGAGCACGCAACAGGAAGCAUUUCAUCUAAACCCGAUUUGGAGGAUUUUUAUGAUUUCUUUUUUUUUCUUUUUGGUAAUUUAAUCCUCAGCAACACCCUGGAUUGAAAAGAACUUUUAAUUUUAUGUUGUAGUGUUCUGGAUUUCUUUUUUUUUAUUUCUCUGGCUUUUAUUUUGUCUGUCAAUGUGGACUUUGUAGCACAGUCACUGGCCUCAGGUACUGUGGAAUAUUGAGAGAAACAGAUAUUAAGCUGUAUUCUUAUUGCACUUUUGGAAGAAAAAAAGUAAAGAGAAAUUCUAGGUUUCAAAUUAACAAACAAAAACACCUAAAUAAAGACUGAUCUAGGAAAAGUCCUGUAAAGGCUUAUAGCUGAGUAAUGGUCAAAAUGUUGUCAAUUUACAUGAACAAGUUGUUUUUCAGUUUUAUUUCUAAAAUCAGAAUAAUUUACCAGAAAAUCAUAGUUUGUGCCUUUCCAAGUAAAAUGUUUAAAGCCUGAGUAAGUGUCCCGCAAUUACCUUUUCUGAACUGUUCAAAAUGUUUGUCAUUUACUUUUAAUCUGAGAGUAUUGAUGUCUGGCAUGCCCAGUGUUUUAUUCACCAUAGAGGUACCACUGUCCUCACCAUCACAACAACAUUCUGUCUGUUUCCUCUGCUGUCAAAAAGGAUAUUUACAUUGCUGGAGUUAACUCAAGCUUCCCUUUCUUUCAAAAGGUGCCCUCUUUGAAAGAAAGGGAAGAUUUCAAAACACUUGCAUUGCUAGCCAACCAGUUUUAGUAGAUGAUCAGCGUUAUAGGCAGCAAGUAAGAAUGUCAAGUAUAUGUUUAAAGAUUGAAAUUAAGCAUCCGCAGAUAAUUUGUAUUUGAUACACACCAGUUAAACUUUUGGAAAUCCUUGCUGCAGUAGUCCUGUGCAUUGUUGCCUGAACAUAUGUGAUGAAUGUUUGAUAACAAAAUGAUCCCCUGUUGUCUCUACUUCACAAGCAAAGCCUCUUGAACCACCAUGAUUUGAAUACUGUAUUGACUAAUGGGAAUAUGACAAUACCUGUCGGAAUAUUCCCCGUUACAUGUUAUAUUUAUCUGAAGAAGCAAACACAAGUGCAUUUAGAUAGGGUUGCUUAGAAAGGAAAGUGCAGAAGCCAUGUGUAAAUUCAUAAACAUCUCAAUCUGAGAAAAGCAGUAUAGACCUGAUUUAAGCGUUUCUGUGGACUCAGUGUGAGGACUAAAUCAAGGAAAUCUCUUUUAUAUUGUGUUACUCCCCAACAUUGGUUGUCAUUCAGAUUUUUAACAGAGCACAUCUCCUAUUAGGAUUUUUAAGCUUUACUCAAAUACUACUCAACCUCAGUGCAUAGGACUUACUCAAUGUAAACAUUUUACAGAUUGUAAAGAUGUGAUGCUGUGAGUCGGUUAUGGAAUUUCUAUGGAGUCACUCCAACAUGUCAUUUAAGUUUUUUCAGUGAAGUGAGAUGAAGAAGUAAAACAUACUACAUGUGACUCAUCAUGUUCAACAGUGCCAUUCUUAUUAGUUUAAAACUUGACCUGACUUAACAUGUGGAUAAGAAAAAAGGAAGACAGCCUUUUAUUACACAUCUGCCACCCAUACGCAUCAGAUGACCUUUAAUACCACCAUGAGCCAUCUGCCCUUGAUAUAAUAUUGUUUCUGUUUCUACAAGACUGGAAACGCUAAUUGGAGAACAAUCACAUUAAAGAUUUUGUUUUGACA